AGUAGUCGUGUAGUGUAUAGACACCAAGUCAGUUCAGUAAACGAAUCAGUAGCACAUGAGCGCUCGUCUAGCGAGUUUCGUAGCGUCGUCUCGCCACCGGGAAUAAAAUGUCAUCCCAUAAAUCGAGAUCUUGUGUCAAUGGAUAUUUAACUCGGAUUAAUAUUUAUUAUUUAUAAUUAACGGACUAUAAUAUAUUUAAAAAUAACGAUACGUUUUUCUUGAAAAUAAUUUACUAUUUUUUUUUUGACGUUUAAAUUUUAGUUGCAAUUUUUCGCUUUAAUUUUCUGCGGCAACGUGAUCUCGUAAGGGACUAAACAGCCCGUGGCGCUAAGGCGUGUUAACGUUAACGGAUUUUUAAAAAAAAUAUUAAAGACUAUAAUCGACAUAUGGUUUUUAAAAAAUAAAUUGAAUUUUAAAUAAAUUGUUAUUGAAAAUAUUUUAUUUCAAAUAAAUUAACGUCGUUUCGUCACGUCAUUUAUCCAACAGGAUUUGUGCGAUUGUAAAAAAAACGACCUUACAAAUAUUAACAAUUAUAUUUAAUAUUUUGUGUGACUGUGUUGAAGUGUAGUGUUAUAUUAUUUAAAAUUAAUACUGCAAUAAUAUUAAAAUAUAUAGAGGUAAAAUGGUGCCGCAACAACAAGAUAACCCAGCUAAUUUGGGAACUCAACAAUUUGGAUCUCUGCGAGUUAAUAAAAACUCGUCAACUCCUUACUCUGAUGCGACCCAGACUAAGAAAAAUAACCCCAACCAUAUUAAAAGACCGAUGAACGCGUUCAUGGUAUGGUCACAAAUUGAACGCAGAAAGAUUUGCGAAGUACAGCCGGACAUGCACAAUGCCGAAAUAAGUAAAAGACUCGGCAGACGUUGGAAGACUCUAAACGACGCUGAAAGAAGACCAUUCAUCGACGAAGCCGAACGAUUGAGACAACUCCACAUGAUGGAGUAUCCAGAUUACAAAUAUCGUCCGAGGAAAAAAGCAGCAAAGCCACCGUCACCUCCCAAGUCUAAAGACGUUAAGAAAUUAAAAAAGUUCUCCUCGUCUUCAUCUGCAUCCUCAAUAUCAUCAUCUUCGCCACUGUCCUCACCAACGUCUUAUGCCCCAGCCAGCCCGACGAUAACGACUGCCACGACAACAAUAUCCACAAAAUCACGUAAUGACACAAACAACAACGCUAAUAGCCACCAAUCAUCUUUGAAGAGGCUUCAGGCUCAACCUACGACGAACCCCGUGUCCAGGCUAAAAAUAAAACUAGCCUUUGACAAGAGGCCUAUCUCUAUGGACUAUACACCGGUACCACCAAAUGUUACCGCUAAAAUACCAAGCAGUCCAUCCUGCGAUACCCCGGAUUCACCAGAAUCCGCGAGCUUUUAUGAAGAUAACUACCAUGAUCAUGUUUCACUUACCACAACUACCAAUGUACCUGGUGCAACAAGAAUGAUUAACAACAACAGCAACAACAACAAUAACAAUAACAGCAACAACAACAAUAAUAACAACCAUCGAAACAAUAACUUACAACCAAAAAUAAAACAAGAAAAUGACAUGGAUUUCGGCAAUGAGUUUACGAACGAACGGCUUAAUAUCCACCACGAGUUUACACUGGGGAGGAGUAACAAUUUUUCGUGUCCGUCCACCAACAACAACUCAUUGCACCUCGACAAUUACAACAGCGUUUUGAUAAAGCAAGAACCGGUUGAUAGGAGUACAUCGGCGAUGCUUCCUACUGGUGGUCUUUCCAUGAAUAACCACAGUAAUAAUCAUCCGACAAUUAAAAUAGAAGAACCGGCAAUUCCCACAGCAGCCGUCACGGAUGGUAGCCUGGCUGAUCUAGAUUCACUUACGGAUUUACUUCAGAUUCCACCAUCAGAAUACAGUUCCGCGCUUGAUCUUGACAUCGAAUCGAUAACAAGUGAUUUAGAAUCGUUUGAAUCCACAAGUUCAAACAGCGCGGAAUCACCGUUCCCAUUUACUUGCACACCAGAUGUCGCGGACAUGCUUUCGGGCAUCGGCGUAAACAGUGAAUGGCCCAACUUUUAAUAUAAUGCAAAAAAGAAAAAAAAAGGAAUAUUUAUUUAAAUAAAAGUAUAUAUUAACAAACAAAAGUGAUUCCUAUAAUGUUCCGAUUGUUCAUCACAUUUAUGUUCAUAUAUAAUUCGGGUUUUGAUGUUUUUAUUGGAAAAAAAGUAAGAAAUACCAACACAAUGCGUUUUAAAGUUGGUUACAUUAUUUAUUUAAUUAAUAAUCAUAAUAUUUUUUUUAUUAUUUAUUCUAAACAAUAAAUAAAAAGCUAGUUCGCAACUUAUGAGAAUAAACUUCCACGAAACUCAUUCGGUCGAGCGUUUUAAAAUUGUUAUUGCUACAAAAUAACGCGUCAAGUCCAAUUAACGCGCAUGUGUGUUUAGUCAUUCACUGCCGUCUGUCGUACAGAAUGAAUAUUUUAGGCAAAAAAAAAAAAAAUUACGAUUUAAAAUGUCAAGUCACGUGACAAAGCGGAGAUUAAAAAACUUAUUAUAAUUAUAAUAAACGAGUUAUCAAACUGUUUAUUUUUAAGUCCCAAUUGGUCAUCCUUGUAUGAUACACAUAACAACAAUAAUUAAUAUUUCAUAAAUAUAAAUAAAUAAUUAAUUGAAUUAAUUAAGAAGAGUUUUUGUAUGUAUUGUAGUAUACUAGUUUUUAAAAGAAAGAUGAAUUUUUUUACAAACUAAGAGAGUGAGAACUGUACUAACGACUUGGCGAAAACAAAGUUUUAUUAAUUAAUUUUAUUGAUAUUGAGUAUAUAAAUAUAUAUAUAUAUAUAUAUAUACAAUAUAAAUGUAUAACAGACCAUAUAAUUAUCCAUUGCAAUUUAUCUUGGACUUGUUUAGUAAAUAAAUAAUUGUAAUAAUUAUUGCACGCAAUAACAAUUGUGCUUUGUUUAACUUUGUUUUUGGGCCAUGCGUUACGUGAGUUCUUUGUUGUGUAUAUCGUUAGAAACAUUCAUUAAUAUAUUAUUAUUAUUAUUAAUUAUUCAUAUUUGCAAAAAUAAGAAAAGCAAUUUAAUAUUUUAAGUUUUUUCUACUAAAAUUUUUAGAAACCCUUAUCGCGAUAUCGUGAUUUUAUUUUGAGAGUCGCUUCAACGCGGCGCCUCGGCAUUAAUUUUUUUUUUUUAAUUUAUCUAAAUUAUAAGUAAUAUUUAAUCAUGAGUGGUGUUACAGAUGGUUGUAAGAUUAAAAUAAUCAAGGUUAUUUUAAUUAUAUAUAUAUUUAUAUACAUAAAUAUAAUAUUUUCAUUAUUAUUGAUUACUUCCCAGGUGGAUCCGAAUUACGGCUAAUUGGUGUAAAUUACUUUCAUUACCGUAAUUUACGGUAUUCGGAAGAAUUACGGUAAAAUAUGGUAUUUUACCGCAAACUGCGGUCUUUUCGGUAAAAUACAGUAUUUUCAGGUCAAUCACGGUAGGAGUACGAUAAUUAACCGUAAAUUUGCGACAAUACCGCAGUAUUUUACGGCAAAAGUGCGGUAACAUUGUGGUAUUUUACCGGAAAGUGUAGUAUUUCACCGUGUUACGGUGAAAAUUCCACAAAUUGUGGUAAAUUACCGCGAAUUGCCGCACUCCACUGUAAAUUACGGUAAUUUUCCCGUGAUUCGGAUCAACUAGGGAUUGUAGCAAUGAGAAAAAACAAUUUAUUGCCACAUGAAUUAGUCAUCGACUGAUUCAAAAUAUUUUAAUAUUUGGUUUUCGUAUGUCUGUUUUUUAUUAAUAUCAAUAUAUUAUUAUUAUUAUUAUUAUUAUUAUUAUUAUUAUUAUUAUUAUUAUUAUUAUUAUUAUUAUUAUUAUUAUUAUUAUUAUUGGCGUCUAAGUUUUUUACAUCGAAGGAAAAGCGUCGAGAUAUUAUCAAACUUUGAUCUCAUGUUCUUUACAUUUACGUAACAUUAAUUAACACUUAAUUUAAAAAAAAAAAAACUAUUAAUAAUAAUAACCAACUAGCCCAAUGACUUGAACUUGUGAUUUAUAAUAUUUCGCAUUUGUAAAGAUAAAGAUAAAGGUAACGGAAAAGGUUGCAGUGAUUUGAAUAAUUGCUGUAAUUUGAAUUAUGAAAUUUUUUUUUUAUUACAACGCUUUAUUAUUUUUUUUUUUUUUCGGGGAUUUUAAGAAAGAAAGAAACGACGGAUAGAUAUAACAAAAAUAAAUAAGUUAUAGUAUAAAGAAGCAAAAAAAUGAAUAUAUAAAAAAUAUAAAAAUAGUGCCUAUCACUCCGGUCUUGGAAUGUAACUUUUGUACAAAAUUAAAUACAGGGCCAAACUUAAGUGAUGUUAGAAUUAUAUAAAAAAAAAAAUAAUUUUAUUAAUAGAGGAUUAAAGCUUAACAUCAAUCUGAUACUCAAACAAUCAUGUUAUUAUUUGAAUAAAAUUAUUAUUUUCGUUAAAAACACGAAGAAAAAAUUAUAGGAACAAUUUGCAAAGUAGAUACUGUAAACAUAUGAGACUAGUUCCCAUACAUUGUGCUAAUGAUCUUCAUGCUUAUGCCCCCAUGUUUAAUAAUAUACUACAUAAAAAUGAUUUUGAUGUAUAUUACAGGAAUCAUUUCCAUAUAAUAUGGCAGCGGUAACCAUAUGUAUGAAAAUAAUUCCCAAGAUAUAUACGUAUGAAAAACAUUUUUACAAUAAUAAUUGUAUGGUACAAACAAUUUAGAAAAUUUAGUAAUUUUUAGUUAAAGCAUAAUUAAAUUUAAUAAAAUUUUUUACUUUUUGCUGUAAGUAAAAAUUGUUAUCCAGGAAAAACUACUCAGAUAUGAUUAUAAAUGGUCACGCAUGAAUACUCAGAUCUGAUCACAUUCGAAAAAUGGUCAUGUAUAAUUAUACUUGAUCAUGCAGGACCAUUUUUCGGAUCUAAUCAUACAUGAUCUUACAUAAUAAUAUAUAACUAUAUAUGAUCGUAUAUGAUCAUGUAUGGUCAUAUCUAAUUAUUUUUCCUCGUGAACAGCUGAAGAUAUGAUCAUGUAUAGUCAUACAUGAGGUCAUAUAUAUGACCUCUUAUAUAAUAUACGUGAGGUCAUAUAUAAUCAUACAUAAAUAGAUAUGGUCAUAUCUGAGCAUUUUAUUCCGGUUAUUUUCUAAUCGUUCAUAGUUUUUUUUAACUAUUCAGCAAUUUUCACUCUUUUUUUAGUAUGGAAACAAUUCCUAUAUGUGUAUAUGAGCUGUUCCUAUUUGAUAUUUAAAAUAAUCUCAAUACUUAUGGCAGCAUUAUCGACAAUUUAUGGUAAUUUUUGGAAAAAUUUUUUCUCCGUGUUAUUUUAAAUAAUUUGGAUAGAAUAGGUUGCAGGCAGAAUAUAAGUUAGUUACGUUGGUAUGGUAGAAAACUUGUGACUAUACAACAAAUACAGGCUGUGACUAACUCUGGAAACUGAAUAAAAAGAAAUUAACUAAAUAAUAAUGGUAAUAAUCUUAAACAAUAUUAAUCACAUUGAUGAAAGUCGUGUUGAUUUCAAGAUAAAAUAGGAAACUUUUAAAUAGUUUUAAUUUUAUUUACUUUUUU